UCUGGGUGCUAACCAUGGUCCUGAACCUGACCUGGAGCCUGGACAUGGGUCGGAGUAGCCGAGUGCAGAGUGGUCAGACGGUGUGCACCAGUGGCUCCGAGCACCCUUGCUACAAGAUCGCCUACUUCCAGGAGCUGAGCAGGCGGGUGGGCUUCAAGGAGGCCAGCCAGGCCUGCCGAAUGGACGGAGGGUCUUUGACCAGCGUCGAGUCGCUGGAGGAGCAGAGCCUGAUCGAGGGGCUCCUGCAGGACCUGGCCAAGUCCGCUUCGGGCAUCUCCGAUGGCGAUUUCUGGAUCGGGCUGAGCCGGGGUGGUGAGGAGAGGGGUCACGCCUCUCUCACCAGCUGCCCCGACCUCUACAGGUGGACGGACGGAAGCGCGGCUAAAUUCAGAAACUGGUACACAGACGAACCUUCGUGCGGGAGCGAGGCCUGCGUAGUGAUGUACCAUCAACUGUCGGCUCACCCUGGUCUGGGCGGCCCUUACCUCUACCAGUGGAACGACGACCGGUGUAACAUGAAGCACAACUUCAUCUGCAAAUACGCAGCAGCAACUGUCUUAGGAAAAGAACCGGUGGAGAAACCAGAGGCAGACUACGAGAUUAUCCCCACAGAGGCAGGCAUCAAACUGCACCGACCGAAUAAAUCAGAGGAGAUGGCAAUGAAAGAGUCUUCAGGGAUCAUGCCCAACGUGGUGUACGUGAUUAUUCCCACGAUCCCUUUGCUGCUCCUGCUCAUUGUGGCUCUGGCUACCUGCUGCUUCCAGAUGCUGGGACGAAGCAAGCAACAUACGAAGAGCAGCUCCACUGAGUCCACCCUGUGGAUAUCUCAGACCCCGAAGAAACAGUCUCAGGCCAUCGUCUAGCCCUCAGCGGGCACUGACCCAUUCCCGAUGCCCCACGGAAACAACAACAGCGAAUGACAUUUGUGGAGCGCCUUUCACGUCGGAAUAAACUGCACCAGGGGUCAAAGACGAGCAGGAAUGGACCUGAUCAAUCACCAACCCCAACACCUCCUCACACCACCACCAC